AGCUGAGUCCAAGGCCUCGUAGGCUUCAUUCUGCACAGAACCUUGGGACAAAAAACACUAAAGCCAAGCCCUUUUCCCAUGUCCUUUAUUUAUUUUCUCCACGUGUGUCCCAGUGUUAUUAGAAAAAUACAGACACACGUAUUACUCAGUUUGCUGGAUAUUUCCUCCCCCUAAUCGACCCCUCCUGGCUGAUUUCAAAUGGCGGUGAGUGUGACACCGAUCCGAGACACAAAGUGGUUGACGCUGGAGGUGUGUCGAGAAUUUCAGAGAGGAACUUGCUCCCGACCAGACAACGAAUGCAAGUUUGCCCACCCUGCCAAGAGCUGUCAAGUGGAAAACGGCAGAGUCAUUGCUUGUUUUGACUCCCUCAAGGGCCGCUGUUCCAGGGAGAACUGUAAGUACCUGCACCCUCCUCCUCACCUAAAGACGCAGCUGGAGAUCAAUGGAAGGAACAAUCUCAUCCAGCAGAAAAACAUGGCAAUGCUGGCCCAGCAAAUGCAGCUCGCCAAUGCCAUGAUCCCUGGCACGCAGUUACAACCAGUGCCCAUGUUUUCAGUCACACCCAGCCUUGCCACCAAUGCCAACGCUGCUGCAGCCGCUGCGUUUAACCCCUACCUUGGCCCCGUGUCGCCUGGCCUCAUGCCUGCUGACAUCUUGCCCAGUGCACCUGUACUGGUCACCAGCAACCCCAGCGUUCCUGUACCUGCUGCUGCUGCUGCUGCACAGAAACUCAUGAGGACAGACAGACUGGAGGUAUGCCGGGAGUACCAGCGAGGUAACUGCACGCGUGGGGAGAACGACUGUCGCUUCGCUCACCCAGCAGACAGCACUAUGAUUGACACCAACGACAACACAGUCACUGUGUGUAUGGACUACAUAAAGGGCCGCUGUUCAAGGGAAAAAUGCAAAUACUUUCACCCUCCGACUCACCUGCAGGCCAAAAUAAAAGCUGCCCAACACCAAGUCAACCAGGCUGCAGCCGCUGCAGCUUUGACUCAGUCGGCUGUCAAAUCACUGAAGCGACCCCUCGACGCAACUUUUGACCUGGGGCUCCCUCCUGUCUUGUCUCCCUUACCAAAGAGACCUGCACUUGAAAAAGCCAAUGGUGCCAACUCUAUGUUCAAUGCUGGUGUAUUCCAGUACCAACAGGCCCUGGCCAACAUGCAGUUUCAGCAGCAGGCUGCCUUCAUACCAUCAGGCUCGAUAUUGUGCAUGACACCUGCAACAAGUGUUGUACCCAUGAUGCACGGUGCUUCUCCAGCCACUGUGUCUGCAGCCACCACAUCUGCCACAAGUGUUCCCUUUGCAACAGCAACAGCCAAUCAGAUUCCAAUAAUAUCUGCAGACCAUCUGACUAGUCACAAGUAUGUGACCCAGAUGUAGGAGACUCAUUCAGAACAGUUGAACUGGAUCAUGCUGGUGUCGAGUACAAGAUUAGUGGUCAUCCCUCGUGGAAGUAACAUCACGAGCAGAACAGAAAACCAACUUUGAACUGGUUUGGGAAAAAUCUGCACGUCAACAGAGGAAGAAGAGUUGUCCAACAGGUUUUCAUGUUAAGUUCAUGCACAGUGUCACGCAACAACCGAAAAGAAGCAUCUUUACGUUAAAGACUGCCGUUUGUUCUGCAAAGGCAACCAACCUUUAUUCACCAGACACAUUUUGAAUGUCAGCGUAAGGUAAAUGUGCGGAGCAGUCGUCAGGACUGAUAUGGUGCGUCGACCGACCAAGAGUCAUGACGUGUGUCGUUUGUUUUUGUCAUGGCUUGUUGGUCUUUGACCUAAAUGUGUUCAUUUGUUUACACAGAGGUGCACCUUGUUUUUCAGUUGAGGUCAAAAAGGAGAAAAAAAAGAAUAAUCUGACUGAAUCAUAUGCAUGCACACUUAUUUCUUUGUUUCGUUUCUUUAUCAGUGAUAAGGCUAAUUAACCUGAGUGUACUCGGAGGCUAACUGAAUGUUUGUGAGGUGUCUUUCAAACCUUUGUAGCCUAUCUUUCUGUGUCUUAAGCACAUGUCUCUAACCUUGCAGACAUCCCUGGAAAGUGCCAUACAUUCACCCCCACACACACCCAACACACACACAAAAACAUGAACGGUAUUCCCUCGGUGUUACAAAGUGCUAAACUCAACAGUUCCCUUUAAAAGGUACAUGUUCCUUCUUGGACAGCAUGUAUUGUCCAACAUCAUGACCUGUGUUUUCCAUUAACGCCACAAAAAUUGGACAAAGUUGUCCCAAAUUUCCUACUGAUUGAAUAUCCGUCUUGGUUU